AUGGAGCCACCCCCAGGUUUGAUGGUUCACAGUAAAGGACAAGUCUGCAGACUGAGAAAAUCUUUAUAUGGCUUAAAGCAGGCCAGUAGACAGUGGUUUGAGAAACUAUCAUCUUUCUUAAUAGCUGUUAAUUAUGUUCAAUCUAAGUCUGACCACUCUCUGUUCAUUAGAACAACACCUACCAGUUUCACUGCCCUUCUUGUUUAUGUAGAUGACAUUGUUUUGACAGGGAACUCUAUGACUGAAAUCAAUUGCAUGAAUGAACUCUUACACAAAGAGUUUCGAAUAAAGAACCUUGGUGAGCUCAAUUAUUUUCUUGGUUUGGAAGUUGCCAGGUCAAAGAAAGGCAUUCAUUUAUGCCAAAGGAAAUAUGCUUUGGACAUACUGGAGGAGACAGGGAUGUUAGGAUGCAAGCCUUCCUCUACUCCUUUCCUCAGUGAUACAGUUUCAUUAUACAUGGAGGACAGCUAUCUGGAAGAUCCAGGACCAUAUAGAAGGCUAAUAGGAAAGUUACUCUACCUUACAAACACUAGGCCUGAUUUAUGUUUCUCAGUUAACUUACUUAGCCAAUUCAUGCAAUCACUCACUGAUCACCACUACCGUGCCAUUCAACACAUACUCAGGUAUAUUAAAGCCAAGCCCUCUGAAGGGCUAUUUUUCUCUGCUGACUCUCCUAUGCAGCUAAAGGCAUUUAGUGACUCUGACUGGGCUACUUGCCCCAAUACUAGGAGAUCCACAACGGGAUUCUGUAUCUUCCUAGGAUCAUCUCUCAUUUCGUGGAAGUCUAAAAAGCAGAAGACCGUUUCCCGAUCAUCCACAGAAGCUGAGUACAGGGCACUAGCAGCCACUGUAUGUGAAAUACAGUGGCUCUGCUAUCUGCUACGUGAUUUUCAAAUCAAGGAGUCAGGGACCCCUGCUUUAUAUUGUGACAAUAAAUCUGCGAGGCACAUAGCUCACAAUCAAAGUUUUCACGAACGCACCAAGAACAUUGAGCUUGACUGCCAUGUUGUUCGUGAAAAGCUUCAGGAAGGUCUCCUCAUUCUCCUUCCCGUACGAUCCGACGAGCAGCUUGCUGACAUCUUCACAAAGUUUCCUCAUCGCGUCAAAUACAAAUCUAUUGUUCCCAAACUUGGAUUGGUAACCAUACACCAUCCAGUUUGA